AUGGACAUGAUGUCCAAGCAGCUGGAUUUCUUGACUAGCAAGUUUGGCUAUAUGGAAACAGAGCCAACCGGGCUCGAAAGUGAAGAGGUGAAUUACGUGCAUCAAGGCAGCAACAAUCAGAAUUUCAACAACAACUAUCGUUACAAUCAAGGGGGUGGCAACUUCAACAACUUUGGGAAUAGGGCACAUCCCAAUUUGUCUUAUGGGAAUCCUCACAGUGCCCUGCAGCCACCUCCGGGCUUUCAAGUGUCGAAUGGACAAAUCAUCGAGCCGAAGAAGAAUGAGCUUGGAGAUGUAUUGAUGACGUUCAUGAAGCAGACAUGGGAGAUUAUGGCCAAUUCUGAUAAGAGACUGAAGCAGGUAGAGACAGAUGUGCAGAGCUUGAGCAUUCACAUGAAGAGCAUAGAUACUCAGAUGAGCCAGAUUUCACAGGCUGUGGGUAUUCAAUAUCAACCGGGCCAGUUUCCCUCACAUACCAUUGUCAAUCCCAAAGACUGCAAGGAUUGCAAAGCCAUCUGUGCGACCAUUCAACCCGAGAGAGUGGAAAAAGAGGUGGAUGAAGAGACUGCAGAGGAUACUGUUGUUAAGGAAGAGGAGAAACAACCUGAGCCACCUCGAUUGGAGCCAUAUACUCCUAAGAUACCGUUCCCUAGCCGAAUCAAGAAGAAGGUUGUGGAUGAGAAAUUUGAGAAAUUGUUGGACAUCUUUAGGAAGGUGAAUGUGAAUAUCCCACUAGUAGAGGCUCUGCAACAAAUGCCUAUGUAUGCAAAGUUCCUAAAAGACGUGAUCUCCAAGAAGAAAAAGUGGGUGGACUACGAAACAGUGAGCAUGUCGGAGAAUUGCAGUGCCAUAAUCCAGAAGAAAUUGCCGGCAAAGCUUAAGGACCCUGGAAGUUUCAACAUAUCAUGCGUCAUUGGUGAUGACAAACACACGAAGGCACUUUGUGAUUUGGGGGCAAGCAUCAACUUGAUGCCCCUAUCCUUCUUUAGGAAGAUGAAAAUCGGCACUCUCAAGCCGACUAGAAUCACGCUCCAAAUGGCCGAUAGAUCUGUCACCUAUCCUGAAGGGAUCAUAGAAGAUGUGUUAGUGCGGGUAAAUGAUUUUAUAUUUCCCGUUGAUUUUGUGGUGCUUGACAUGGAAGAAGAUAGGAAUGUGCCGCUUAUCCUUGGUCGGCCAUUCUUAGCGACGGGGAAAGCAUUGAUUGAUGUUUCAAGGGGAGAGCUUACCCUUCGCAUGGGCACCAAACACCAUAUCUUGUCCAUCUACAAGGCCAUGGGGAGUCCUAAGGUGGAAGAGCUUGCUAUGAAGAAAGAGUGCAAAGUUGUGAACGUUGUACAGGUUCAAAAGGGUCAAAGGGUAAAGCCCAAGGUCGAGAAUAUUUCCUUACCACAGUGUCUAUUUGGCCCAUGUGGUGGAUCAACUCAUUGCAAAGGAAGACAGAGAGAGCCCAAGAAGACGAAGGAAGAGGAAUCAGGAAUAUCGAUCACAACGAAGUUAGAGCUCAAAUCAAAUGAUAACUUGGUGAAGAAGACUUGGUGGAAGAAGAGGUUGGCAAGAAUGUAUCAGCUUGAACACGAAGAAGAAGCCAACAUCCCCAUUAAUGGGGAGGUGAAAUGA